GCGGCUCGCGUCUGUCAGAGAGAUUUCGCCUUUAAAGGCGCAUUAAAACAGCGGCUGAAGUGCAGAACCUGAGAAGAGCAGCAGCAGCAACAGCACAACAACAACAACAACAGCUCUGACAGAGAGAAAUAAACACAUAAACACAAUCACCAGCACGCGCUGACGUCAGGGUUCUCAGCCAGCUGUGUGUCCGGACAGAAGACUCGACGCUGCUCUCAUAUGCAGUCGGACUGGAUAUUUAUGAGGCUUUCAAAGCUUUUUGAUUGAUCAGUCACUCCAUGGGGAUUCUCCGGUGCUUUCCGUCUGGUUUCUCCUGCCCUUCACCCCUCGGCCUGCCCUCCACCCUCUACAGCACCGCCUCCAUACAAAUCAUGAAACUGGUAUUAACUGAAUGGCAAUUGAUAUGGAUUUUUACUAUUUCCAGUAGACAGUAAACACACUUACACCACACACACACACACAAGUACAUGCACAUACACCCACACACACACACACACACACACACACACACACACAUACGCUGACAUACAUCACAUCAGUGGGAGUGACCUCAUGAUAGAGUCAUAUCCUCCCCUGUCUGACCCAAAUCACCCAACUCGGCCCGUCCCAGGGGUCCUGCAAGAGGCCUUUAUCAAACGCCACGUUUCAGGAUAUAUCCCGCUCCCUGAGUCCAAUCCACGGCUGAGCUCCUCGACAGAAAGGCGUCCACAGGAAGCGGUGUGCUGCUGUUGGCUUUAUACUUCCUAGAUUUUUUUUGCAUUAUUUUGUGCAUUAUUUGCUUUUGAUUGUGCGUGGAGCCACACGUGACCUCUGCUCCGAGUGCAUGCCGGCGACGGCGAGGAUGGCCCCGCAGAACACCGAGGCAGAUGCUGUGCAGAUGCAGGCCGCCAUGGUGCCGCCUGUGGAGAAACAUAGUGGAGGAGGCGGGGCUAAUGGAGCGGGCGGGGCUGGAGGGCGGGACUUGGAGACUCAAGAGGAGUCGGUCAGCGAGGGUUCUAUAGACCGCAUCCCACUGCGCCAGUGGAUCAUGCAUGGCGCCGUCAUGUUCGGACGAGAGUUCUGCUACGCCAUGGAGACGGCGCUGGUCACGCCUGUGCUGCUGCAGAUAGGUCUUCCAGAGCAAUACUACAGCCUGACGUGGUUCCUGAGCCCCAUCCUGGGCCUCAUGUUCACCCCUCUGAUCGGCUCGGCCAGUGACCGCUGUACGCUGCGCUGGGGCCGACGACGGCCCUUCAUCCUGGCGCUGUGUGUGGGCGUCCUGCUGGGCGUGGCUCUCUUUCUCAACGGCUCACUGAUAGGUCUUGCUCUAGGAGACGUGCCCAAUAACCAGCCGAUAGGAAUAGUGAUGACUGUUUUGGGGGUGGUGGUGCUGGAUUUCUGUGCGGAUGCGACGGAGGGCCCCAUACGAGCGUACCUGCUGGACGUGGCCGACACCGAGGAGCAGGACAUGGCCCUCAACAUCCACGCCUUCUCUGCAGGGCUCGGUGGAGCAGUGGGUUACGCUCUGGGCGGUCUUGACUGGACGCACACCUUCUUGGGUCGAACCUUCAAGUCUCAAGAGCAAAUCCUGUUCCUGUUCGCCGCGGUUCUGUUCACGAUCUCCGUGGCUCUGCACCUGUUCAGUAUCGAGGAGCAGCAGUUCAGUCCCCAACAAGACCGUCUGGACGAGGAGGCGGAAACAGAAUCCAGCGUUAAAAUCGCAACGCACCAUCCCCAGCUGGACAUGAUCCACGAAGACGAGCACUACGACUAUUACGACACGGACAGGCGAUCGGAGCGCGAGCUGGAUAUGGACUUCCUGGACGUGGACAUCGUUCGCAGUAAAAGCGACUCCGUUCUGGCCAUGGCCGACGCCACGCUGGACCACCUAGACCACGAUAUGCUGUUCCUGCGCGAAAUCGAGCCGUCCAUCUUCCAAGAUCGCAUUUCUUCCUAUCACGGGUCGCCGCCGCGCCGCAGCAGCAGCGCAGGGAGUCAGGAGUUGCUGCGCGGGAGGUUCAGUCGCUUAUCAGCAUUUUUGCAGCAGAUGGAAAGCGAGGGAGAAGAAGCUCUGCUUAACAAUCAGCUCAACGAAUCCAAAGCGCCCAACGGACAUCCGACGGACCUCAACGGCCACGGACCGCCCGGUUUGAAGCCCUCCAGCACCAGCGCAUCCAUGCGCCGCAGACGCCACACUUUCUACCGACAGUCGUCCUGCACCUUCUCCUACUACGGCCGGGUCGGAUCCCACCGCUACCGAUACCGGCGCGCCAACGCGGCGUUCCUCAUCAAGUCGUCCCGCAGCAUGAACGACAUCUACGAGAUUGAUAAGCGACAGAAGCAGAGGAACGGCCAGAGAGCGAGGCAUCAGAGCGGGAACACCAACUCCAGCGGAGACACGGAGAGCGAGGAGGGCGAGGCCGAGACCACCGUACGACUGCUCUGGAUGUCCAUGCUGAAGAUGCCCAAAGAGCUGCUGAGACUGUGCGUGUGUCACCUGGUCACAUGGUUCUCCAUCAUCGCAGAGGCCGUGUUUUACACCGACUUCAUGGGGCAGGUCAUCUACGAGGGCGACCCUACGGCCCCGCUGAACUCCACAGCCCUUCAUAACUACCACAGAGGGGUUCAGAUGGGCUGCUGGGGGCUGGUGAUUUACGCCACCACCGCUGCCAUCUGCUCAGCUUUACUGCAGAAGUACCUGGAUAACUUUGACCUCAGCAUAAAGGUCAUCUACAUCCUGGGCACUCUGUGCUUCGCGGUCGGUACGGCCGUCAUGGCCAUCUUCCCAAACGUCUACGUCUCCAUGGUGAUGAUCAGCAGCAUGGGAAUCAUCUCCAUGAGCAUCUCGUACUGUCCGUACGCUCUGCUGGGCCAGUAUCACGACAUUAAAGAGUACGUCCAGCACAGUCCCGGGAACUCCAAGCGAGGCUUUGGCAUCGACUGCGCCAUCCUGUCGUGCCAAGUGUACAUCUCUCAGAUCCUGGUGGCGUCGGCGCUGGGCGCGGUGGUGGACGCGGUCGGCAGCGUGCGGGUCAUUCCCAUGGUGGCCUCCGGCGGCUCCUUCUUGGGCUUCCUGGCUUCCUGCUUCCUCGUCAUCUACCCGGGGUCCAGCGGACAGGGCGACGGGUCGAAGGGCGAGCAGACGAAGGCCUUGACGUCAUCUAGUAACAACGGCGUCACAGAGAAGCCCAGCUUCCUCAAGCUCACUCGCAAAGGUGCCGCAACCACAACCUGCAAAGUGGAGUGCGAAUCCACACUGUGAAUGUGAUCGACAACGGCUAACAUUCCCGACGGAUGGGCAUCAGCUGGAGCAGCUCGCCCGGGUGGGGGGGGGAGGCGCGCUUUUCUUCUUGUUUUGUUCGUUUGACUGUAUUUGGCCUGGUGUUGCGGGUCUCAGGGCUGCAUCUCAGGGCCACCAGGGGGCGACUCUGGGCUGAACUCUUCAGGGAAGAGAGAGAGAGAGGGAGAGCGAGAGGGUCUCUCUCGCUCUUCAUCACAUGCACUUCCCUUGCACACUUUCAUUCUAAGCUCAUCCUAAACAAAUCUAAUGUAAAGAAUCUUUAAUAGAAGUUCAUCGCUCCAAAACUUCUUUUCCUAUUUUUGUAACUGAUGUCCUAGCGGAGGACAUUAUGAUCACCAAAAGUUGCCCAGUGCAAUAAUAACAGUUGUUUCAUUAUAAUGGCUUUAUAUUAGUCGUGUUAUGCAGGUGAAAGGGUGAAUCUCACGAAUAAAUGUCAUAUAUUCAUAUCUUGAGAAAAAUACCAGAAAUUCUAUUUGCAUUUGCAGAAAAUGAAGGCAGUUUUUAGAACCGUCAACAUGUUUUUAUUGUAACUUUGACUAUUUUCAUGACAAUCCAUUGCUGAAAAGUGAAAUCAUGGAAAACUUAAAGAUACAGAUAUUUCUGAAGUGUUGUUUUUUUUGCUUGUUGCUUUUUUUUUUUUUUAAAGCAAAAAGCUAAAUAUCAGCUAGAAGCUGAAGUUGCAGUUGUUUAUAAAUAAUAUAAAUCUGUAUCCAAUAAUCAUAAACAUCUAGGAAUCUAGGACAUUUUCUUUUAAAUAAGCAUACAUUGAAACAGUACAGCAGACACAUUUAAUUAAUGAAUUAAUAUGUAAAUAUUUUAAAAAAAAUCCUCUUAUUGCAUUUCGACGAAGUCAGAGCAUUCAGGAAAAAAAUAUGUAUAUCGUGGCCACAAAUUAACAAUUCGUUCCCUUGUUUUACUAAAACGUGCGCAUUAUAUAAAAAUUCGUUCCCUAGUUUUACUAAAUUGAGCGCAUGAUAUAAAAAUUCGUUCCCUAGUUUUACUAAAUCGCACGUACAAUAUAAAAAUUCGUUCCCUAGUUUUACUAAAUCGCGCGCAAGAUAUAAAGAUUCGUUCCCUAGUUUUACUAAAUCGCACGUACGAUAUAAAAAUUCGUUCCCUAGUUUUACUAAAUCGCACGUACGAUAUAAAAAUUUGUUCCCUAGUUCUACUAAAUCGCACGUACAAUAUAAAAAUUUGUUCCCUAGUUUUACUAAAUCGCACGUACAAUAUAAAAAUUCGUUCCCUAGUUUUACUAAAUCGCGCGCAAGAUAUAAAGAUUCGUUCCCUAGUUUUACUAAAUCGCACGUACGAUGUAAAAAUUCGUUCCCUAGUUUUACUAAAUCGCGCGCAUGAUAUAAAAAUUCGUUCCCUAGUUUUACUAAAUCGCGCGCAAGAUAUAAAAAUUUGUUCCCUAGUUUUACUAAAUCGCACGUACGAUAUAAAAAUUCGUUCCCUUGUUUUACUAAAUCGCACGCACGAUAUAAAAAUUCGUUCCCUAGUUUUACUAAAUCGCACGUAGAAUAUAAAAAUUAAUUCCCUAGUUUUACUAAAUCGCGCACACAAUAACAAAAAUUGUUUCCUCUUUUCACUAAAUCGUGCGCACAAUAUAAAAAUCAGUUCCCUCGUUUUAAUAAAUUGUGUGCAGGAUAUAAUAAUUAGUUACCUCAAUUCAGUAAAUCGUGGCCACAUUGUACUAAAUCGUUCCCUUCUUUUGAUUUAACUAAAACAAGGGAACAAAUUUACAAUGUGGCAACGAUUUACUAAAUUUUGUAUUAUCACGUAUUAGUAAGUCAUUGGAACGAAUUGUUAAUUUGUGGCAUUGAUAUACAUAUUUUUCCCGCACGUCAUGUGUGGCGCUCCGCACAUUACAGUUGUAGAGAAAUGUUUAAUGUCAUGAAAAUAAUUCCAAAAUAAGAAAUGCUUCAUUUUCUUCAUGCAAAAUAUAAUUUCUUUUGAUUUUGAGGUGAAAAAUGACAUUUCUUGUCCGUUCUCAUGAGAUUCACCCAAAUAAAGGUGACUUGAGUCAUGAGGGCGUCAGUGCCUCUUUUCAUUGACGUACUGAAGUGCUUUAAUAUAUUCUGUGCGAAGCUGCUGAGGUCAAUGAGUGCGAGAAGUGAGUCUCCCUCAUAGUUUUCCAUGUUUCUCCCGCCCCUCGUUCAUGUGUUUCCUAAGACGGCAUAAGCAAUGCUGAGGACGAAUAAUAAUCUCAAUGCUGCAUCAGAGUUUUCACUCAUAUACCAAACCAAGAAAAGCAUGACGCUUCUACACAGACAGACUUCCAAGUUGCAAUGUCUUUAUAGUGAUUUUCUUCAAUUGCAUUUGUGAUUUCUGAAGUUGAUGGCACUUUUUGGCAGAACUUUUGGUUUAUAUCCUCUGAGUUUUUCUCCCUCUGAACGAGAGGAAUCGGGUUGUUCACACUCGCACUAGCGGUCUGUUUACAUUAGUGUUUGGUGGCGAGAUGCGAAGCUGCUUCGUUCGCUCUCGUAUAUCUGAAUGGACUCAUCUCCGCCAUCUUGGCUCCUCCGUGGCUCUUUUUCGGGCCUCAGCUGCACUCGACGGUUUUACUGAUACUGAGGAUGAUUGUGCCAGACUGUGAUUGACUGAGUUUUAUAUUUCACUCCAAGUGGAUUUUCCAGACCUUUUGAUGUGUGUGAUGAAGGUCUGGUGACUUCUGUUUCUGAUGUGAGCAUCACUGUAAGCUGGAUGUGAUGAAGUCUUUACUGGACGCAAUUCUACUUCCUGUCUAGAUGGUUUACCAGGCCAGUGAAAAGGACAUUUUGUUGAGGCACAUUUGUACUGGCUUUAAGAGUAUUAAAAUCUUAUGAUAAGCUAUAUAUAUAUAUAUAUAUAUGAUUUUUUUCUGGAAUGUUUAUUGAUAUAAAACCAAACUUGAACAAGAAAAACCAUCAAGUUUCUGACAAAUCAAACCGCAUUGCAAUAGCUGCACCAGCCUCGGUCAGUGUUGGCAUUAACGGCGGUGAAUCACUGGGGUUUGGUACACAAAAACACUUUUCAUUUGAAUACUUGAAGUGCAAUCUUGGUUGUGUUUGGAUAUUUUGGGAUGCGUUGGACUCCUCCAGACCUCGAAGCAAAGACUGGGGAAUGUCGGGAUUGUAAAGGACUCUCGGAGAGCGCUUCUGACUCCGUCAGGGAUUGAAGUUUCCAGUAUUGAAUGUAACGUUUGUUUGUUUUUUUUAGGGCAAGAAGAUUCAAUGUUGCACCGAACUUGCACAUACAGAGUUUUAAAAGAAAAAUUAAUCACUAUCUUGCAAUAGAAAAACCUAAACUGUGGUUAUUUAUUUUUUGAGCGCUUUAUCCUAAAUAUUUAAAGAUAUUAUAAGUACAGAGAAAAAUAUAUUUACAGCUUGUGCAAAAGUGUGAGAUGGGUAGUGUGUGUGAGAGAGAGAGAGAGAGAGAGACAUGUAUGUAAGCAUGUCUAUUUUUGCAUGAUUGUAUGAACACCAUGUGCAUGUUUGUGCACGGAAGUGUGUGUGUGUGUGUGUGUGUGUGUGUGUGUGUGUGUGUGUGUGUGUCACAUCUCACUCUUUUAUAGGAUGGAUUUCAAGAACAUGUCCACAUCACCUUUCACCCUAAAAUUGAAGAAAAAAAAAACCCCAUUUGAUUUGCAUAAAGAAAAUAAAGCAUAUUUUUAAUGACCUUUUUCAUCCCAAAUUGUCAGUACUGCAGUAGAACAAUAUUAAUCAGCGUUAAUUAAAACAAUAUGUAUGUAUGCGCAUAUAUAUAUUACAUAUACAUAUAUACACACACACAUACGUACAUAUGCAGUAUAUAUCAUAUGUGUGUUUGUAUGUGAUAUAUCUAUAUCUGAUAUUAUUAUUUUCCCAUUAAAAUAAUGAGAAUUUGAGUGCAAAUUUGUUUACUUUUUCAUAAUGCAAAAUAUAAUUCCCUAUUUCUUUAUUUUGAUUUUGGGGUGAAAUGUUUUGUGACCUUGAGAUUCACUCUAUAUAAUCAUCUUUAGUUUACAAAUCACGUUUCACUUUAGCAAAAGGUCAUACAGCAAAAAAUACUGAAAACGACGUAGUCUUUCUCUUUCUGUGUUUUAGUUGGAGAUGUCUUCUCCUCACUGUCACAUGGAGUGUGUUUCACAUUCGGGAUGAUCGUGGCAUGUUUUCCUGUAUGAAAACCAGACGGAUGUUAUUUCAGCGUAUAAUAUGUAUGACGGGAGAGAAACUCGCUGCAGUGUACUAUAUGCCUUUCAUUUAAAAGAUAUGUGUAUAUAUAGUUUCUUUUACUUCUGUACAAAAGCUCAUUAUUUUUUAUUAGUUUUAUUUUCUAUGAGGACUGUAUAUAAAUCCUGUACAUAUGCCUGCAAAUGUAGACGAACUGAAAAACACUGUAUUGAAUGCACCUUUAAAGAAUUUAAACCAAAUA